AUGAAGGAGGUAGUCACAUUCGACCCGCCCGUAAAAGGCAUUGUCACACUCAUACUCAUAUCGGGGGGGCCUUCCGUUGCACCCGUCACGGCGACCAUGCUGGAUGUCAUAUUCGUCGUCAAUGCAGAUGACUUUGGACCAACAGUCGUCAUCGUUGUAUCUGGCGAUGUCAGCAUCGAAGCAGUCACUGUUCGCGUAUGCAUCAUUACAGACGGCAUUGUCGAAUUGACCGAAACUAUCACCGUCACCGUCACUGUAGCUACCCUCGUACUACACGGCGUCGUGGUCGAUGAUGUCUCGUUGUUCACGGCCGUGAUGGGCAAGAUCGAAAACUCCCGCGACGAUAGUGACGACAAGACCGACGGAUCUGUAAUCUUUGGCAACGCUCCGAGGUGGCUUAUUGCACUGUUCACGACCAAGGACGACUCAGUCAUAGCACUCGAGGGCGCUUCGACGAUUACAGUGGUGUUCAUGUACGCCGUCUGUGUUCGUGUUGCGGUGAUCCAGAUCGAGCUCGGUACCGGUGGAAAGGGGAUUUCGCCAGAAGAAGAUCCAUUGGAACUGCCAAUGGUAGGCGCGACAAUGUCUGGAGGUACAGGUGCCUCCGUCAUCGUCGUUGUCACUGUUGCGUUCAUGACGUGCGCUGGAAUGGCUGGUAGAGGUGUAGUCGUAGUCGAAUUCAGAAUCAUCAGAACCGAUACCUCUUGUGCUGUUGAAGUAAAUGUGUUAUUCGAACCUGAAAUUAUCGCCGUCGCACUGGCAGUGGACACUAGAGAUGACGAUGUGCUCAUAUCGCCGAUCAGGAAUGAAAUUGAACCAUGGUCCGAGUCAGACGAUGUCGUCGUAGGCGUAUACGAUGUCGACCAUCCAGUCCCGACGAGAGUCAUGCUGAGCGAAAAGGUGUCCCACGAGGUUGCAACGGGUGUCAGAGUCGUGGGCAUGACGCUCGCAAUACCGUCUGUCAUGAUUGCGGUUGGGGGAUCGAAGGUGUUCUCUGGAAAAACAUAUAAGACUCUGGAUUUCAAGUACAAGAGUGUCUUGAGAUAG